UCACACAAGUUAAACACGCUCAUCUACAUGCAACAUGAUGAUGAAGUUCGAAAUGGAAGUAAUCUCCAAAGAAAUCAUCAAACCUUUGUCUCCAACACCUCAACAUUUUCGACGUUACCAACUUUCUUUUCUUGACCAAGUCUCUCCAUUAGUCUACAAUCCUCUCGUUCUCUUCUAUGCUCAUAAUAUUUGUACGAACCCUAAAAAGGGUUUUUCUGACAUCACCACUAUUUCCGGCAUCCUCAAAAGAUCAUUGUCCUAUGUCUUAACUCAUUACUACCCUCUCGCUGGGCGACUCAUAGACAAUACCUUCGUAGACUGCAACGAUGAGGGAGUGCCAUACUCAGAAACCAGAGUGAAGGGCCAGCUUUUGGAUUUUAUUCAAAACCCUAAUCCUUCUGAACUUAACUAUUUGAUUCCAUUUCAACUUGACAAGGUCACUGAGAUAACCUUUGGCGUCCAGGUUAAUGUUUUUGAGUGUGGUGGAAUUGCGAUUGGUGCUUGUCUUUCUCAUCAGAUCUCAGAUGCUCUGUCGUUUUUCACGUUUCUCAAUUGUUGGGCGUCUGUUGCUAGUGGUAGUGGACAAGCUGAGUUCACAAGCGAUCCAAGUUUUCUCAGUGAUAGGUUUGUGUCGGCUAAUCUCUUCCCACCGAGAAACACAUCAGGGUUUGAUACUCGGUCUGGGAUCACAAACGACAACAUCAUCUCCAAAAGGUUUGUGUUUAAUGCUUCAGUUAUUGAAGCUCUCAGGACAAAAUAUUCUCAAAACGACGAGAAGCUCCCUUCAAGAGUAGAAGCCUUAUCAGCCUUCAUAUGGAGUCGUUAUGUGUUGGGGACACAAGACCCACAGGGCCAACAAAAAACCUAUGCGGUGGUCCACGCCGUCAACCUCCGUCCAAGGAUGGAACCACCGUUGCCUCCGGAUUCAUUUGGAAAUUAUUACCGUUUUACGAUGACGCUCAUUCCAACGUUAGAGGAUGAAGAAGAGGAACGUAACUAUGGAGUUUUGUUUGUAAAACAGGUAAGGGAGCAAAUGAAGAAGAUUGACAAGGACUAUGUGAGAAGAAUCCAAGAAGGAGCAAAUGAACACUUGGAUUUCCUUAAGGAUAGUUCUUACAGAGUGCUUGUGAAAAGAGAGAUGAUUUCAUUUAACUUCACAAGUUUGUGUAGGUUUCCUCUGUACGAUGCUGAUUUUGGCUGGGGAAAACCUACGUGGGUAAGUUCCACUGCGUUGACUUUUAAGAAUCUGGUUGUGUUUAUUGACAACAAGAAUGGUGGUGGUAUUGAGGCCUAUAUUAGUCUGACAGUGGAAGACAUGGCCAAGUUCGAGGCUGACAAGGAAUUGCUCGCAUGUGUUAAUAAAUCAGAUGGUUGAUCAAUGCAUGUCCGUGAUGUCCUAUACUAAGAUAAAUACCGAAAUUGAUCAUUAGAACCUUACAUUCAAAGUGUGUGGGACAAAAAUAAUAUUAGAUUAUAAUGUGUCAAAUCUUUGAAAUCUCCUCAUGUUGCAACCCUAAAAAAUGGGACAAGUUCUCACUAGAAAAGAACUUUUUAUGUUGUAUAUGUCAUAACAUGUCCAUAUUUGAUAUUGUACAUGUCGAUACUGUUUAAAAUUAUAAGAGUGCGUGUUUUUCCUUGUA